GACCUAAAGCAGAACAAAGUCAGCCGCCGACGAUCGGAAAACCAUGUCGUCGUCUUCGUCGCGCGCACCGCCGGCCGCCACCUCCUUGAACCGCACACCCGCAGUCGACACGCGGCCCAUCCGCUCCGUCCGUCGCGUCUCGACGCGACCGCCGUCUUCGUAAUCCACUCGACCGCGACUGGGUGCCGCGACGAUCGUCGUCGGUGCGGCCGCCGUGCGCGUCCACCUUUCGCGGUCGCGUGUCGUCGUAGCCGCUGUCGCGCCUGCACGCCUUCGUGGCGUUUCGUCGCGUAGGCGAACACGAGUCACGGGAGUGCGUGGGUACUCGCGGAAGUAUCGAUUCGCGCGAGUCGCCGGUGGCCACCGGAGAAAGAGAGAGAGAGAGAGAGAGAAAGCGAGAGAGAGGGGGAGAGAGAGAAAGAGGGAAUUCACGCGCUCGUCGGGCUCGUUAAAGCGGCGUGCAGAAGCGCCGCUCGGCGCGGCGUCGCGUCGCAUCGCGUCGCGCGUCGCUCCGGCGGCACGUAUUCGCGAUCGCUGGCGGGAUCGCGCUCUCACUGCUGCGAACGGCGACGCGCACACAGCGCUGCCUAUUCUCUCUCUCUCCUUCUCUCUCUCUCUCUCGCGUCCGAGCGGCGACGCGCGCCUCGGAGUGGCACAACACACGCCGCGGCGAUAACGCACAAGGAAGGGACGCGCACAUCGCAGGCAACGUCAUCUCAAUGGUGAAGCUGCGCAAAGUGUCGGCCGAUGACGGCGCUUCUUCGACGGCGGCGGGAGAUUGCCUCGCUGUUUCCGGCUACGGGUCGCUCAAGGGAUCUCGAAGGAAGCGACUCGUUCGUGUAAAAGUGCUGAGGAUGUUGACGCCGAGACGCGCUGGCCCGGUUGGCCCCGAAGAGAUCGGCGCCGACGGGCCCAACGACAAGGGCGUGAGCAACGCGGAGAGCGGCUCGGUCACCCCCGGCGGCUCCUACGAGAGCGGCGACGGCUCGAAGGAGUUCCUGUCAACAGGAAGGACCGGCAGGAGGAACGCACUACCGAAUAUCCUUGGCCGACAUGCCGAGACCGGUCUGUCCGACCUUCCAGAUCGUUUCGGCGCGUUGUCCACUCACUCAGAUCAGUCCAACACCAGCGGACAGGACCCGAAUAUACCGGGCACUUCGAAACAGCAUGGCUGACAUGGCCGUGAGGCUUCGUAGCGAAUCUUGUUUACGACACUUGGCCUCUCCCCGUCAUCGAUGUCGACCACAAGGGGGAAACAUUUGGCGUUUCUGUGAACGAAGUUCUCGAACGUUCCUUAACUCGACUGUUAUGGCCACCAGGCGAACGACGUGUCGUUUUGUCGAUUGCUAGAGAAUGUUAGAAUUUGACGGAGAGAUAGAGCUGUAGGGCUCGAAGCGAGUCGCAUGAUCGAAGGGGGUACGACUGAAGGCUCGUAGGGGCGCGACGAGUCUGUAAUUUAUGAAAUUCGCCUCGAGUGUGGAUUCGUGUCCGGGAAAAUCCGUUCCCGAGGCUCGUCUCAGGCACGAUCUUGUAUCCGAAGUGAGCAUUGUAAAUUACAUAUUCAUCCUUCAUUUUUAUGAUAAAUCCUCCAAACAGCAUACACACACACACACACACACACACACACGUACGCAUACACACACACGCGCGGACUCAAGCGUGCGCUCGAGAAGAGAAGCAGCUAUUUUUGCUUAGGUAAGGCCGAUCCAAGCAAAGUAUUAUCCGAGCGAAAUUACUUUCGCUCACGAAAGCUCACGCAGAACGUUAGAACUAUAAUGUACGUUCCAACUUCGUCGCGUUCGGAGUGAUGCGCAGUUCGAUUCGGUGAAGAAUUUGUGCGAAUACAAACGGAUAAAUCUAAGAUUAGCUGUAAAUUAUAUUACAUCGAUUUUCUUCUCGUUCUUUUCUUUCUUUUUCUUUUUUUUUUUAUUUUUAACGAAUCAUGACGAGCAAGCUGAAAUAUAGCAUUCGAGAGUUUGUUAAAUGUGGUAAAUAUUUUGCAUUAUAUGUAUUGUAUUUUUAACGCGUAAUGUGUAGUUGUUAUGUACAAAAGAGGCUUUUUUUUUAACCGAUAGCACGUCUUUCUUAGAUACUCUAUUUUUUAUUAUAAAAAUAACAGUAUAUAUUCGUAAAUAUUCCAACCCCCGAAUUCCAGGUGGAAUCCAAUAACCAAUGAAAUUGCCGUGCGUGUAUCGGCUGUAUUUCCCAUAUAAUUUCAUCGCAUUUUAUUAACUCUUUGCGUCAAACACGGUGCGUAAUUAUCGGAACGUUUUACGCGAGCCGUUUGUCUUUUUGGACACAAUUACGGUCGCAUGCCGCGCGUCGCGAUUGUACACGCGGUGUUAAUUGUUUUACGUUACGCGAUUAUCGAUCGUGGUCUCGAUUAAUGGGCGUUGCGUAGAAGAGGAUCCGUAGGGACGGGAAAUGUAUCCGUCAAGAAGAAGCUCUCGUCGGGCUAAUUUAGGCUCCGUGCUGUUGUUAAUCGAUUCUGCAAGUUCCGCCCUACCUACGAUUAGCGUAGCGAGAAAAAAGAUUAAUUGUACGCUCUUGAUAAUGAAGAACCGCGUCGACAUCGGUAUUAUUAAUACAAUGUAAUACAAUUAAUUCGUGAUACUGUGAGUAUUAAUUAAAAAAAUACAUGGUAUAUCGUAGAACUGUACAGUGCGUCCCACCCGAAAAUACGUGUGUAUUUUAUGACGCAACUCCGACGUACCGGAGUGUCCCCGUCUCUGUAAACACGUUUCGUGUCGGGCCGUUUUUACGUGACUUUCAACUCAUGCUGCGUUAUCAAUUCACCGAAAACGACACAUGGAGAUUGAUAAAUGAUAUAAAUAAACAUGAUAACAAAAUAUACGAAUGAGUGAUAAGACAA